AUGCGGCUCCGUUUACUCCUGUGCCUGGUACUCCUGAGCCCGCGGAUGGCCGCCCUGCGCCGCCCCCAGAAGAAGAGAGUUCAGGAGCCGCCGCCCGCAGUUGCCACAGUGGCCCCUGGCAGCCGGGACUUUGUCUUCGAGCUCUACAGGGCCUUGGCCGCAGCUGCCCCCGGCCGGAGCAUUUUCUUCUCCCCUCUGAGCAUCUCCGUGAGCCUGGCCAUGCUCUCCCUGGGGACGCGGUGCAACACGAAGGCGCAGGUCCUGGCGGGCCUGGGCCUCAGCCCCCAGGAGGGCCGGGACGAGGAGCUCCACAGCACCUCCCAGCUGCUGCUGCGGGAGCUCGAGCGGCCCAGAGACGGCCUCCAGCUGAGCCUCGGCAACGCCCUGUUCACCAAGCCCACGGUGCCCAUGGAGGAGGCCUUCCUGGGCGCCAUGAGGACGCUGUACCUGGCAGACACUUUCCCCACCGACUUUGAGGACCCUGAAGGGGCCCAGAAGCAGAUCAAUGAUUACGUGGCAAAGCAAACGAAAGGCAAGAUUGUGGACUUGGUUAAGGGCCUGGACGGCACCGAGGUCAUGGUCAUAGUGAAUUACAUUUUCUUUAAAGCUAAGUGGGAGACAAGCUUCAACCGCAAAAACACCCACGAGCAGGACUUCCACGUGACCUCGGAGACGGUGGUGCGGGUACCCAUGAUGAAACGAGACGAUCAGUUUUACUACCUUCUGGACCGAAACCUCUCCUGCAGGGUGGUAGGGGUCCCCUACCAAGGGAACGCCACUGCCCUCUUCAUCCUCCCCAGCGAGGGCGGGAUGGGACAGGUGGAAAAUGGCCUGAAAGAGAAAACACUGAGGAAGUGGCUCAAGUUGUCCAUGAAGAGGCAGCUUGAGCUUUACCUACCCAAGUUCUCCAUUGAGGGCUCCUAUCAGCUGGAGAAAGUCCUCCCCAAGCUGGGAAUCAGAGAUGUCUUCACCUCCCAUGCUGACCUGACCGGUAUCUCCAACCAUUCCAGCAUCCAGGUGUCUGAGAUGGUUCACAAAGCCGUGGUGGAGGUGGACGAGUCGGGAACCCAAGCGGCUGCAGCCACGGGGACUAUCUUCAUGUUCAGAUCUGCCCGGAUGAGCUCUCAAAAGAUAGUAUUCAACAGGCCCUUUCUGAUGCUCAUUGUGGAGAACAGCAAACACAUCCUUUUCCUCGGCAAAGUGACUCGCCCUUGA